CAUUAACAUUGACUUUUGUUGACGUGGCAGCCACGUAGAUGUCACGUCAAUGACACCUCAUAUUUUUAAUUAAAAAUUAAAUAAUAAAAAAAUAUAUUGUUAUAAAAAUUAAAAAAUGUUAACCAAGAAAAAAUUAAAAAAAUGUACUCAAUUAACCCUCCCUCUACAGAUUCGAACAUUUUCCUUCGUCUCUUCACCUCCCCUCCCCCAAUUACCUCUCCCUUCCUUCUCUCCAUCGCCGCUGUUGCUUCCGCCUCCUCCUACGUCGUCGCCGCCACCUACGGCAUCGUCUUUCUUCCUCGAGGUGGACUCCUAGCUUCGCUUUCUGUUGACUCAUCUCGGCUAUUGCGCGUGGAUUGCUUGGGAGAAGCUGCGGAGAGAAAUCGAUUGAUCUCAUCUCUGAUUUCCAGUUUCGUUCGUUUGAUCGAAUCGACCCCCAACGGGGAAGGGAUGAGUCGGUAGCAGGUGAGGGACACACUUCAUCCCACCCACCCUGCUGACACCAUCACCAGCCAACACCACUCCCCCAACACACUUGCUUUCGAUUUCAAGGAACCCAAUGGCCAACCAUCAAUCGGAUUCGACGAAAUCGUCGCCACGCGUCACCAUCGGCGUAAACCACCUCCAACCUCUGGCCGAUUCGCUCAUUCCUCCUCGACGGAUUCACCUUCUUCCUUCUCUUCCCACAAUGAAGAAGGAAGAUACGAGAUCGAUUUGCUGCUGCCAAUCCCCUGCUGCUCUUCUUGUUCAAACAUGGGUUAUUUCGUCUAGGGAUUUUGGAUGAACUAGAGAACUCGAUUUGGGGUUCUGUUUUCGAGUGGAAAAGAGAAGAAAGGGUCCUAGGUUUGGUGUCCUUUUUACUCAGUCAAGAGCUCUACCCGUUCUAGUCUCCGAUUCGAGCUCUCACAAGGGAAAUACAUCAGCGAUAGGGAGGGGGCAAAGAUGACAUCAGAGUCGCCACCUCUGCAUCUAUCUAUUUCUCACAAUCGCCACCCCUUUGACAGCGAACAUACUGACGACGGCUACGGGUGGUGGGAGGUGGAGAAAGAAAGGGGAAAUUAGUUUAUGUCGUGUCUCAACCCACCUCAUUCAACGAUUUCCAAUUCCUUUCCCUCCAUCGUCAACCUCCGCUCGAUCGAGAAAUCUAGAGCAACGAGGAAGCUUCGCUUAAGAAGGCAGCUCUCUAGAAGGUGAUGCUUGAAGAUGGGUCCGUCGAAUCAGGGAAAGCCUCGAUUGAUUUAGGAAUUUUGGAGUCAACGAAGCGUCGGCUCAAUAGAUGACUGCGUAGAUGGUCGGUCGCACCCUUAAGGUCGACCGCCGACGGAGAAGACAAAUCGGCGACAAACUGUGGGAAUCCACCGCCGUCGAGGAGGAAGAAGGAGAAGAGGAAGGGUUUCCUAGUGGAUUUUUAUAAUUUUGUAAUUUUCUUUUUUAUAUGAAAAAAAUUAUAAAUUAAUAUUAUAAAUUCCACUUCAUAUGCCACAUCAGCGAUUACUGUAUUUUCUGUUAAAAACCAACGGUCAACGCCGGUCAACUUUAACGGUGAAAUAGUUUAGGACAUAAAUGUCAUAUCAAAUACUUUAGGACACAAAUGACACAAAGUUAAUAAUUCGGGUUUCCUAGUGAUAUUAGCCGAAUUUAUUAUGACAGUGUCAAAAACAUGCAAAGAUAGGCUUUACCUGGGUUUGGAGAAACCGUUCUCCCCAAUUUACAAUGAGUGGUUGCCUCCACUACAACCCGACAAACUACAGCAAAAGCCCAUCUUGCUUGACCAAGGUAACGUUCAAACCUGCUUUCCUUCUUUCUUUUGUGGCCUUCUAGAAAAAGAAAUGGCAGAGUCGAAUUUCCCAAAGGCCAAAACACGACUUGAAUCCUCUAUCUCUAGUCUCUUCUCUUCUCCUCUUGUAAAUUGUUUGCAUUUUACAUUUUUAUUUUUAUUUAUCGUUUAUUUAUUUGGCAUUUUUUUUGGGAGGAUGGCUCUCGAGACUUGAGGUACAAGAAUUUGUAUCGAAAAAUUUAGUGAUAGAAUAAUUUGUGUUGAAAUCGUAGUUUAAUUAUAAUUCAAUAAUUUCUUACCGCUUAACAACCUAAACACUCAAACUGCACACAAAAAGAUUUAAUUGAUGACUAAUUGAUUCUAAAUUAGAUUCCUUUGCAAAUUCGGUAACAUGUAAUUUCAAUAGCUCCAACAAUACAUAUAACAUGCGUUUUUUUUUACUAAUACAAACAAAAAUUAUUACCAUCAGUACUUUGUAAGACACAGUCUUACACUUGACUGUAAUCGAUCCAAACGGUAAAUGAAUAAGCAAAUUAUUC